GAUGAUUACGCACGGGAAAAUAUGAGUAGCGAGAGAGAGCGAGUUGCAAAGAAGAAAAUUGGAUGGAGAGCGCUUGCGUGCGAGUUUUUAAGAAGCGAGCGAGCGAGCGACAUUGAUUAUUUGGCAGCGAGUCGACCAGCAGCCGCAGCCUGGGGAGGAAAAAUGCUUCGGCAGCCCGACGGCACUGCCAAAUGUGAACAACCCUAACAAUGGGCAGCAAUUGUUCAUCCAGGCAGGCCCACAAGGACAAGGACAACAACUCACCUUGCUCCGAAGAUUCACCAUGUUAUCAACUGGCUAAACCCGAGAACAACGCUGGCGAUGUGAAAAACAAUCACAGGGAUGAUGGGGGUGGAGGAGCCGCUCAUCCUGACGACGGCAGAACUUUUGCUGCUGCAGUACCAAACAAAACAAAUACCGCACAAUCAAAAUUAGCAUCAAAAGAAGAGAAACAGAGACCAAAGGAGCCACCGUUGAGUGCCGCGCUGCUUAAGUUUCCUGCCCACCUGGCCAACCUGCUGACAGGUCGCGCGCUCGACAGCAGCAAACCACUAAAAAAGACGCACAAAAUCGCGCUCUACGUGUGCGCCGCCGACUCUCAGGACUGCUGCGUCGAGAAGGGCGCGCUGCACAAUGUCGUCUACCCUGAGCUCAGGGCCGUGUGCAGGGGCAAAGGAUAUGAACUACAUAUUGUCGACUUGCACUGGAAAACUGCUCUUGAAAAACAGCAAGACCACGAGUUCCCAGAGCUCUGUCUUGGAGAAUUAGCUCGUCAGAGUGAAAUAGCAUAUGUAAUUCCCAUAAUUUUUCUUAAUGAUUCCCUGGGCACACCUCUGCUGCCAAAAACCAUCGAGAAGCAGGAUUUCGAGUUUGCAUUAAACAGCGCUGACAACAAAGAGCUACUUCAAAAAUGGUACAAGCUGGACAGUCACGCACAACCACCCUGCUACAGGCUUCAACCCAUUGGAUCGCACAUUCCCGGUGUUAAGGACGAGGCUGAAAACGAAGUGGCGCUCAACGAAUGGCGUUUAGAGAUCGAGCGAAUCCUGGCCGUUAUGGUGGAGGUGUUUCCAGCUGAGCUGCGCAACACCUACUUGACCACCGUGGUGGAGCAGGAGGUGCACAACACGGUGCUGAUGAGCCAGGAGCUUGCAAAGCGCAGCAUUUGGGUUUGGCGCACCACGCAGAGGCCAGACGAUCCGCCGGAGACCUCCACCGUGUUGCUGGAGCAACGCAGGCGCCUGGAGAUAUUGCAGGACAACCUGAAAGGGCAGCUGGCCGAGAAGCACAUCUUCAAGGUGCCCUCCACCGACCCUGACGCUGAACAACAGAAACGCUACGCACAGGACCUGGCCGAAAAGCUGGACGCACACUUGAGAACAACGGUUUUGAAAAUCAUAUCUGAGGAUGAAGCAAAGGACCCUUUGAAGCCCAGCAUGGGCGUGAGCGGGGAACUUUUCCAAGAGCUAGCCCAGCAGGCCAACUAUUGUCAACGGGCCGCACAAUGCAACAUAAAUCGAGAGGAGGUCAUUCAGCACAUCAAAAACUACAUUUUGGGCAGCAGUGUGACCCCACUUGUUUUGCACGGACCAAAGGGAUGCGGGAAGAGUGCUCUAGUGGCCAAAGCAUUUCAAGCCGCUAACGUCUGGCAACCGGAGGCAUAUAAAAUCAUCAAGUUCACCGGUCUCACUCCUGCUAGUGGAACAAUGGAACAACUGUUGCUUAGUAUCAUCACUCAGUGUUCAAUUCUUGCCGGGUGUGAAGACUGGUUCUGCGCACACAAUGUUUCGUCGUACGGAGAAUUGCUGCCAAAACUCAUGAGUUCCGCGAGUUCGCAUAAUCCCUUAAUUAUCAUGAUCGACGGAAUAGAUCAAGUGAGAAAUUUCGGCUCCCAGUCGUGUGAAUGGCUUCCAGAGAGUCUUCCUCAAAAUCUGAAGCUGAUCCUCUCAGUUGACGAAGGAAGCGACAUGUUCAAGAUCAUCAAAACUAAGGUUUCCGAUCCAACCAAACUCAUACAGGUGCCUCAACUGGGAAAAACUGAAGCGAAAAGUAUCCUCAUGUCAGCCGUCGUGCAAUACAACCACAGCAUCAAUAAGCAAAUCCAAGAUUUUGUUCGCAACUCGGUCAUGGAAUGCACUUUACCUCUUUAUAUCAAGAUAUUAUCUUGGCAAACGUCCCUGUGGGUCGACAAGGAGCACACAAUUAUCCCAAAAGGAAACGUUAAAGAUCAAUUUCACGCACUCCUACAGGAACUGGAGGCAAUACUCGGUCAAGUCAGAAUCAAAAAAGCAUUAUCACUCAUAUCUGCAUCAAAAUUCGGGCUCUGUGACUCGGAAAUGCUGGACUUGCUGGCCCAAGACAGCGUUUACCACAGUGAGAAAACUUAUGUACCCUGGGCACCAGCCUGUUUGUUCUGGGCGCAACUCAACAAGUAUCUCGCGCCGUUCCUGGAGUGGACUAGGGUAACGGGAGGAUAUUGUGUUCGCCGUUGGAGGGAUAUCAGCUUCCAACAGGCCGUCAGCGACAGGUAUAUGGACGACGAGUCCACAAAGGACGCUCACCUGAAGCUUGAAGCUUACUUCCGCGGAGAAUGGGCACUCACGGAAGGACUCACUGCCAGGAUCAUUCAACAGCCCAACAAAGACAUGGAAUCUUACAAUAUCCGCAAACUGGUCGAGCUGCCGUACCAAACGUUCGCCGUGAGUGGCAGCAUCGAGGAGCGCUUCUUGCUGGACCAUCUGUGGCUGUUGGACAAGGUGUGCGGCGCCAACGUAUACCAAGUGCUCGAGGACUUUGCGCUGGAGGAGAGCGAACCAGAGUCGGAGGCGGCGGUGUUGCGCGGGCAUCUGGAGGCGAGUAGCCAGGCGCUCAGCUAUGACGGCCACCAGCUGUGGGCGCAGCUGCAUCUCCGCCUCUCAAACAUAUCAACCGAGGGCCGUGAGCGGCUGCAGGCGCUGAAGAGUCUGUGCGCGGCGCCGCCCGACCCCUCCCUACUGCCGCUGGGACCUAGCGAGCCCACUGACGAGCCGCAGCCAAUCAAUUUUAUCACGCGCCUGCCCGAGAUGGUCCGCUUCGUCUGCACCCUGGCCGCUGAGAAGGGCGAAAUUGUCAUCUGGGACGUGUGCACCGGCCAGCGGGUGCGAACCUUGACCAACGUGCCGCAGCCUGCAGCCAUCAAACUCAUUGACUGGCGCCGCUGUAUUGUCCUCUGCCGAAGGGAACUGACCGUUUUUGACCUUGACAAGGGAGAGCUUGUUAAAAGGUUGAAAGGCGUGAUGAAUCAAAAAAUGCCAUACUUUGGUCUGCACGAUGAACACCACUUGGUGGCACUAUCCCGCAAUCGCAUGUACAUCAACCUGAUGAACUUGGAAACCGGAGACUGCGUGACGACAUUCAAGGCAGGCGAGGACCGCUUCCUCGACUCGCUGCUCGUGUCCAAGGACGGUCGGAUACUGGUCUGCGGCGAUGAGACGCAGAAACCGUUUCCAUUGCUGGUUUGGAACCUCACCUCCAGAAAACUCAUGUACGACCUGCGCAUUCCACACCACGAUUUCGUGACCAGCCUCGCGGCAAUCACCGACGAAGGCCACUACGUGUGUAGCGUCUGCAAGGAGGUUGACGAACCCUCGCCCAACUUCAUCAUCGUGUACGACCUUCAAAGCGGCACUUUGUUCAAAAAGUGGAAGCCCGGAGUCAAUACUGUUUCCAUUGCAAUCUCCUCGUCGCAAGAUAAAUUUGUUAUCAGUGGUCACGAAGAUGCACAGAUCUUAGUUUGGGAUUUGACAACAGGUAACUGCCGACACACGCUAUGCGGACACACUGCCCCUGUAACCAUGUUGAGAUUAGAUUCGACUGGCUCCUUCUUACUCUCCACAGACUCUUUGUGUCGUGAUCGUUCACUGAGAUUAUGGAACCUAAGUUCUGGAACUUGCAUAGCCGUUUUCACGCCUGAUCAUCCAUUCACCGCCUGCGAGCUGGCUAAUGGAGGUCGCGCAGUGAUGCUCGCGCUCAAGGGCCAAGCAGGGAUAUUAACAUUGCAUUUAAAAAGUGGGCAGGAUGAAGAGGAGAGCCAAGAACAAACAUACGGCGACCCUGAAAUGGGCGGCCAGGUUGUUUCUUUAAAUGAUGAAGACUUUCGGUGACAAGCUAAUUUGUAAUUCUGUGUAUGUGUCAAGAAGACAAAACUUAAAUCAGUCUCAUCCUUCAUUUCUCCGCAUGUCAAAUAAAUGUGUCAUUAAAAUAAAUCCCAUGAUAUCAACCAGA